UAAAAUUGAAAUCAUUGUAACCACAAGCUUCAAUCAACACGCUGUAAACCACCGAAAACAAACAAAAUGUUCACCAAGUUGUUCUGUAUCACCGCUCUGGCUAUCUCCUGUGUCUGUGCCAAGCCAGGACUUGCACCACUAGCUUACUCAGCACCACUUGUGGCCGCUGCCGCUCCAGCUUUUGUGACCGCCCAAAGUUCCCAGGUUGUGGCCCGUAACUACAAUGGAAUCGCCCCCUUGGCAUACACCGCUGCUGCUGUUGCUGCUCCGUUAGCUUACACCGCCGCCCCCGUGGCUAAGGUUGCCGCUCCUCUGGCUUAUACCGCAGCGGGUGUCCCAUUUGCUUACUCUGCUCCAGCCUUGGCUGCGGCCGCUCCGUUGGCCUACCGUGCUGGUCCAAUCGUUUCUCCAUAUGCUGCCUACAGUCCAUAUUUGCUGCCGUUAAAUUUCCUAAAUCCACAAUCCGUUGGUCACGCCGCAAGUCCGCUGCGCUCAAGUGUCCGUCUCCAACGACCAUUUCAGCACAAUGCACCACGCCACUUGGCCAAGGUCGGAAGCACGCGACAAAACGGUCAUGUUCCAAUAACUGGACUAUCAGACGGCGAGUGUAAUCGCACGAGUUACUUAUCGCGACUCGGACGUGUUUUGAAUGUUAAUCCUACUGCGGUCAGUAGCUCGGAGGCGGAGGGCCACACGAUUGUCGUGUAUGUGUGCCAAAUGUGCGCUUUUGAUGGAUGGAUUGAUGUGUUGCCUCCCAAAUUUGUGUGUCCAUUCUGCCAUCUCCCGAUCGACGGUGUUAUGAAAUCGAAGUUCGUGGGUGGUUUUGGUGGAGAAUUGCAGAGGGAAUAUCUACCAAUGCGAUGGAACUGUGCUGAGAACUUCGAACAACGCAAACUAAAGAGCUCCAAACAGUACAAAAUGUUCACAAAAUUGAUCUUCCUCGCCACUUUGGCCAUCUCGUGCGUCUGCGCCAAGCCGGGACUUGCUCCACUUGCCUAUUCCGCGCCACUUGUGACCGCCGCCGGACCAGCCUUUGUGACGGCUCAAAGCUCGCAGGUUGUAGCUCGCAACUAUAACGGAAUCGCGCCGCUUGCAUACACCGCUGCCGCACCACUAGCUUACCCUCUGGGAGCCAGAGUGGCCGCUCCCCUGGCUUACACUGCCACAGGAUUGGCCGCUCCGGCUCCUCUGGCAUACACCGCUUCGCCUUAUGCUCCCUAUGUCACCUCCCCACUUGCUGCAUAUGCGGCGGCCUCGCCGCUGGCUGCCUAUCGUCCGUAUCUGUUGUAAAUGAUAACAACGAGGUUGCGAUAUUUAUCCAUGCAUUGUGAUGAUGAACUCUGUUGAUGUUCUUGUUGUUUUAGUAUGAAAAAAUAUAAUAGGAAUA